AUGCCCGCUCGUACAGAAAACAGCGACCAGCGCUGGCGACUCAACCACAAUGGCCAGCUCGUAGACGCAGAGGCCACGGCCGGAUGGGAAUUGGCCGACGAAAUCGUACGUCUGAAGAUUGCUGAAGUGUCUGGCAAUGCAGACGACAUUGUGCCCAUCCGCACUCCACCGAAGUCAAAAUUCGCCUCCGCUGGCGUCGCCCAGCUCAACUCCGACUCUCCCCCGGACGUCGCCUCCAACCCCAGCUCAAACUCGUCUCCUCAUUCUUCCGAGCAUCAGAUCAGCAUCUCCCAUUCCAGGGGCUCAUCCAUUGAUACAACCAGCUCAGUCGCCAGCAAUAACCGUUUGAACGGCACCCAUAACAUCAAGCCUGCCAACUCCGCACAAGAUGCAAAGGAACGUCCCCACUCCUUCACAGGUGGCUUGUCCAACGCCGAUCUGCGCCGUCUCCAGCAAGUCGGUGGCGACGACCCCCAAUGGAUUCAAAGCAAUGAGCUUUCCUACCCAUCUUUGGCCCAAAACCACGUUCACCGUCCGCAGCCCCAGCAGCACCCUAGCAUGUACGAGAUCCGCAACAGCCAACCCUCAGAGCGCGAGGACUCCCAGCAGGACUAUAUCCAGCAGCCCAGACCCUACAACGCACCUGCUCCGCACCCUUCUUACCUUCCCCCUGCGAACGGUAUGCCUUACCGACGUGGAUUCCAAGGUCAAGGGAUGGUUCCCGGUGCUUCCCCCAUCCCUUACCCAACACAUACGUCACAUCUCUCCCUUGGUAACACACAGCAAUUGUACGAGAUGAUGCUUCCCGGAGCCAUGCAUGACAACCACCACCCCGCAGUGAACCGCGUCCAGCAACAACAUGGCGUCUUCCGUGCAACUCAUCACCACUCUGCUUCGGACCCCUCUUCACUGAGGGAUGCUGCUGCCCUGGCCCUUCUCAACAGCAACAUGCAGUUCGGGCCCGGCAUGUUCCCCCCUCCUCCUGGACUCAUGUACGCCAAUCAGUACUAUGGGGGUCAGGAUGUCGCCGCGUUGAUGGCCGCCCGUCUUCAAGCUCAGUAUACUGGGCCGUACAACGUUCCCCCUGCCCCUGGCCCACCCGCACAACCUCCUGUCCCUGCUGAGCCUGCCAAUCCCAUCAGCCCUAGCAGCACUGGUACUGGCGGUGGCAACCAAUCGUCGGGGCCUAGCGCCAACAACCGCAAGCUUGGUCUCUAUAAGACCGAACUCUGCCGCAGCUGGGAGGAGAAGGGGUCGUGUCGAUAUGGUUCCAAGUGCCAGUUUGCACACGGAGAAGAAGAGCUUCGCAAGGUCCAGAGGCACCCCAAGUACAAGACGGAGAUCUGCAGGACUUUCUGGGUAUCCGGUUCUUGCCCUUACGGAAAGCGCUGUUGCUUCAUUCAUACCGAGCUCCCCAGCUCUGGUGCUACUCCUCCCGCUGGUGCUGGUUCCACCACCGAGUCUACGACUUCACAGUCCGAUGGUCGCCCCCGUUCUAUGAGCACCAACAGCGAUCCCAACGAUGCAUCAACUUCUCUCCUUGCUCGAAUCAAGAACAGUGCAAACGGGUCGCCCAAGAACGGUUCAUCUGGAGGAGCAGCCACUCCUGUCGAGUCCAACAAUAGCAACUUCCAGUUCAACAGCCGACCUCCAACCGGCUCGCUUCGAGUCGAUACCUCCGUCCUGGACGGAUCUGUCAAGCAGCCGCAAAACAAGUCUGCUUACCCAACUUUUGCAAGCAACGGCAUCUUGCUCCCCGCAUCUGAGCCCAUCACGGCGAAGGAAGCUGCACCGGUGACAGCUGGCCCCGAUCUUGGUCGCUACAACGCCGCCGCUCGUCGCGAGAUUGUGGGAUACAAUCCCCCUCAACCUGGCCACAAGAAUGGCCACGGCACUCGCGGGAACCCAAGGCAUUCGUUCAGCGGGGAGAUCGACCUGGGCUUCAACCCAUCUCCUCCUGCGACGGCCAACUCGUAUGGGUUGACGUCUCCUGAUGGUGGCAGCAACGCCGCCACUCCCACCACCGGCUCUUCUAGCGGCUCGGCCCGCGUGAACGGCCAUGUCCGUGGUGGAAGCGCUGGAAACUGGAGCACCUUGGUUCGCAGUGGCCUCUCCAGCAGCGGGUACACCGGUUCCAACCAGGCUGGUGAUAUCAUGACCAACUCUCCCUGGAACGACAUCACCGUUGGUGGCUCAGCCCGCGCGCACUGGGUUUAG